AUGGCUACCCCUAGUGUCCUAGCUUUUGACGCUAAGGGUCGCGCCAUUGAUUUUGAGGUCUGGCUAGACGACCUGCAGCUGUUCUUACAGUGCGACAGGGCUGAUGACCUUUCUCUCUUUGACCUCACCUCUGGCGCCUCUCCUGCUCCUGCUGCUGAUGCUGAUCCCGCUGUCCGCUCUAAGUGGGCCACCCGCGAUGCUGCUGCACGUCUUGCUGUGCGUCGCCACCUCCCUACCUCUGAGCGUGCGCACUUUAGUCAGUACAAGAGUGCUCAGACCUUGUACGACGCUGUAGUUGCGCGCUACUCCUCCCCUGCCACUACUGCCCUGAGCCGUCUCAUGCUUCCCUACCUCUUUCCUGACCUCUCUGCCUUUCCCACUGUCGCUGACCUCAUUACGCACCUCCGCACUAGUGACACUCGCUACCGCGCCGCCCUUCCUGCUGAGUUCUGCGCUAGGAACCCCCCUCCCAUGUACAUCGCUCUCUACUACGUAGUCGCGCGCCUCCCUGACUCCCUUCGCGUCGUCAGGGACCACUUUCUCGCAGUCUGUCCCACCACUCUCACCGUCGACCUCCUCGAGAAGGCCCUCCUUGCAGCGGAGAAGAGCAUAGUCGAUGUAGGUGCUUCUCGUGGUGACCCUCGCACCCCCAUCUUUGAGGGUCGGUCGGCGCGGCGUCUGCCCCUAGUGGGAGACGUCGCUCCAGCAAGGGCAAGGGAGGCAAGGGCGCGGGUGGAGCUGGGGGGGGGCGGUGGCGGUGGCGGCGGUGGCGGCGGAGGGAGUGGGGGUGGCGGCGGGACUAGUGGCGGGGGUGGUGGUGGUGGUGGUGGCAGCAGCGGCGGAGACGGUGGUGGUGGUGCCAGCGGUGGUGGUGGAGGCAGCGGCGGAGGUGGAGGCGGCGGAGGUGGAGGCAGUGGAGGCGGCAGCGGCGGAGGCAGUAGUGGUGGAGGAGGUGGAGCUGGUCGGGGUGGUACCCAGCAGCGUAGCGGCGGUAGUGGUGGCCAGCGCUCGCACCGGCAGCAGCAGCAGCGCUCACGGGACAUCCCUUCGCCUCAGCAGCUUCGUGAGUGGUACGCUGGGCGUCAGAGGGGUGGGGGUACUGGUCCCUGCACCUACGUUCUUCGUUCCGGCGACCGAGCGGUGAUCUUUGAUCUUGAUUUUGAUGCUAUCCUUACUGCUAUGUAUGUUGUGGAUUAUAGUGAGGAGAAUGAGGGUUACCGGUGUUUCCAGCCCGACCCGGGCAUUGGUACUGCUGCGCUAGGUACUUGUGAGGCUGCUGCUCUAGGUGCCAGUGCGUCUGCGCUCUCAGGUACUGGUGAGACUGCGUUCUCAGGUACUGAGUCGUCCUCGUCCUCCCUCACUUUCACACUUGACUCCGGAGCUUCUCGCUCCUUCUUUCGAGACCGCACUACCCUUUCGCCGCUCGCCAGGCCGGUUGCGGUCUCCCUUGCUGACCCCUCUGGGGGUCCUGUCCUGUCUCACUUCUCCACUGUCCUCCCGUGUCCGGCUGCCCCUUCGGGCACCCUGUCUGGUCUGUACCUUCCCUCGUUCUCUACGAACUUGGUGAGUGGAGCGGACCUGCAGGAUGGGGGUGUUCACCAGUUCACUCCUGCGCGUCAGCGGGUGACCCACUGCACGGAGGCUCGCACAGGCCGACACCUGGCCACGUUCUCGCGUCGGCCGGGGUCGAGUCUCUACACCCUGACCGUUGAGUCUCCUCCUGUCCCUGCGUCUGGUCAGGUGGCUGCGUCGGGUCAGGUACUUGCUGCUGCGUCCCGGUCAGGUCCUGAGUCUGCCCCCUGUUCUUGUCGCCUCCUGUCUCACGAGACUCUCCUGUGGCACCACCGUCUUGGCCACCCCUCCUUGCCCCGUCUUCGGAGCAUGGCUUCCCGUGUCCUUGUCUCUGGUCUUCCCCAGUCUCUCCCUCCUCUCCCCUCCGGGCCAGGACCUUCCUGUGUCCCCUGUGUUGAGGGUCGCCUCCGGGCUACUCCUCACUCCUCCCACUUCCCCCCGACAGAGGCUCCCCUGCAGACGCUUCACAUGGAUGUGUGGGGCCCAGCCCCCGUCCGUGGGCAGGGUUACGAGCGAUACUUCCUGUUGGUGGUUGACGACUACUCGCGUUACACCACAGUCCUCCCCUUGCGCAGCAAGGGUGCGGUCACUGAGACCUUCACGCUUCCGGACUCACCACAGCAAAAUGGGAUUGCUGAGCGCCGCAUUGGCAUGGUCAUGGAUGUCGCUCGUACGUCCAUGAUGCAUGCGGCUGCCCCCCAUUUUCUGUGGCCGUUUGCGGUGAGGUACGCGGCGCAUCAGCUCAACCUUCACCCCCGGGUCUCUCGGCCUGCGAUGUCCCCAGUCUUGCUGUGGACAGGGAAGGUUGGCGAUGCGUCUGUGUUCCGUGUCUGGGGAUCUCGGGCGUUUGUCCGCGACUUGUCUGCGGACAAGCUGUCCCCUCGUGCUGCUCCCUGUGUCUUUCUUGGCUUCCCCACUGACGCCCCAGGGUGGCAGUUUUACCACCCCUCCUCUCGUCGUGUUCUGUCCUCCCAGGACGUCACGUUCGACGAGUCAGUCCCCUUCUACCGUCUCUUCCCCUACCGCACUCCUUCCCUCCCCCCUCCCCCGGACUUCCUUGUGCCGGUUCCCCCCCCGGUAGACCCCCUCCCCCCUCAGGUUCCUGCCCCCUCAGGUGUGUCCCAGGUAGACGCCGUUGACCCGGUCGAGGUUACUGGUGACUCUGGUCCUGCUGCGGGUGCUGAGCCUGGGGGUGCUGACUCUGGGGGUACUGUGCGCGGGGGUGCUUUGCCUGGGGGUGCUACUGCUGGGGGUGCUGGGCCUGAGGGUGCUACUGCGGUGGGUGCGGAGCCUGGGAAUGCUGAGCCGGGGGGUGCUGUGCCUAGAGGUGCUGGGUCUGGGGGUGCUGGGUCGGGAGCUGCUGAGCCUGGGGGUGCUGAGCUGGGAGCUGCUGAGCCUGGGGGUGCUGCGUCUGGAGCUGCUGAGCCUGGGGUUUCUCCUGCUGCUGCGUCUCGCCGGGAGCCCCUCUCUCCACAGGAGCUGCGUGAGUGGUUCGCUCGCCGCUGGAGGCGUGCUGCUGAGUCUGAAGGUGCUGCUGGGGCUGGAGCUGGAGCUUCUUCGAUCGUCGAGGGUGCGGGUGCUGCCGGUCCCGGAGCUGCUGGACCUACGGGUCCUCCUGGAGCUGGAGCUGCUGAGGGCUUUCGUGCUGAGCCUGCUGCUGUUGGUCCUGCCGCUGGAGGUGUGGGUGGCGCUGGUGCUGUCGCUGAGGGUGCUGGUGCUGUCCCUGCUGAGACUGGAGCUGCCGCGCGGCCUCGGCCGUACUUCGUUCCGCUCCUUCAGCAGGUUCUUGGUCUUUCUCCUCCAGUAGAGGGUCCACCGCCUGUCCAGUCGCAGUCCCUACUGGAGCCUUCCUCUCCACUGCCUGCUCCCUCUCCUUACACUGGUCCUACUGGAGGUCUUGCUGAGCGUCGUGAGCCUGCGUCUCGCCCCGCGUCGCCUGUUCGUGCUGCUCGCGCUAGUGGUCGCAGUUCGCGUCAGCGUCCUCCUCCUGUCCCUGGCACGCACCGGAUGUCUCUGCGUCCGUCCACUGCUCCUCUGCGUGCCCCUUUGCCUUCUCCUCCUGAGUCCUCUCUUCCUGCGCUUGCCGACCCUGAGUCGGACUCUCUUCGCGCUGCGAGUCCUACUGUCACGCGUCUGCUUGCUACUGUCGUCACUGACCCCUCUUUUGAGUCCACUGCUGCGUCUGCUCUAGUCGCUGAGCUCGUCGACUUUGCUGCUCGCUGUCGUCUCGACUACGCUGCUAGUCUUGUUGCUGAGUCUGCGUCUGUCUGUCCUCCGUCCGUCGGGGGUGAGUGUGCUCUUGGCACGGACGUCCUAGAGGACAGGCAGGAGGAGUUACAGUGUCUGGCUGCUGCUUCACCUCAUCUCGCGUCUGUACUGCUUGCCCCUGAGGGAGACCCGGAUGCACUAGACAUCCCGACUCCGCGUUCUUACGCGGAGGCCGUAGAGGGCCCCUACUCCUCUCAGUGGCAGGCAGCCAUGGAUGCAGAGAUGGCUUCCUGGAAGUCCACAGGCACCUACGUUGACGCGGUUCCCCCUCCUGGGGCGAACAUCGUCAGUGGCAUGUGGAUCUUCAGGGUGAAGCGGCCGCCGGGCUCUCCACCUGUCUUCAAGGCACGGUACGUUGCUCGUGGCUUCAGUCAGCGGCAGGGAGUUGACUACUUUCAGACCUUCUCUCCCACCCCGAAGAUGACUACUCUUCGGGUGCUGCUGCACAUAGCCGCUCAGCGCGACUACGAGCUUCACUCUCUCGACUUCAGCACUGCGUUCUUGCAGGGUAGCCUGCACGAGGGGAUCUGGCUUCGCCGUCCACCUGGCUUCACUGGGACUUUCCCUCCUGGCACCCAGUGGAGCCUCAGACGGCCAGUCUACAGUCUCCGCCAGGCGCCGCGUGAGUGGCACGACACACUGAGGACUACGCUUGCGGCUCUUGGGUUUGCUCCUUCUACUGCUGACCCGUCGCUGUUUCUUCGCACCGACACUUCCCUGCCGCCGUUCUACAUCCUCGUGUACGUCGACGACUUGGUCUUUGCAACAGCGGACACUGCUGGACUCGCCUACGUGAAGUCCGAGCUGCUGAAGAGACACACGUGCACAGACCUGGGUGAACUGCGCAGCUACCUUGGCUUGCAGAUCACUCGGGACAGAGCACGCCGCACCAUUACCUUGACUCAGUCACACAUGGUGCAGCAGGUCCUUCAGCGCUUCGGCUUCACGUACUCCUCGCCUCAGGCCACUCCUCUGCCUACUCGCCACUCACUCUCAGCUCUGCCUUCGGAUGAGUCCGUAGAGUCGAGUGGUCCAUAUGCAGAGCUUGUUGGCUGCCUCAUGUACCUGAUGACCUGCACACGACCUGACCUUGCAUACCCUCUGAGCAUUCUUGCGCGCUAUGUUGCUCAUGGGAGACACAGACCGGAGCACAUGGCUGCAGCGAAGAGGGUAUUGCGCUACCUGUGCAGUACUUGUGAGGCUGAGAUCUACGCCGGAGCCAUGGCUGCACAGGAGCUUCGCUGGCUCACCUACCUGCUGACUGACCUCGGAGAGCCGCCUCGUUCUCCUCCAGUGCUGUACGUAGACAACAAGGCUAUGCUGGCCUUGUGUCGAGAGCAGCGCUUGGAGCACAGAACGAAGCACAUUGCUCUCCGCUACUUCCUUGCUCGUGAGUUGCAGCAGCGUGGUCAGUUGCGACUUGCGUACGUGGCCUCUGAGGCCAACACUGCUGAUGUGUUCACCAAGGCACUUGCGCCUUGUGACCAUCAGCGCUUCUGCACCCAGCUGGGUCUUGUGCCUGUCUUGCCUCACUUGCUCUCCUCUUGA